AUGCUAAUCUACCUUUUACUCCUCUUCAUCCCGCUAGCCAGUGCUUGCCAUCCCGGCUUUGAAAAAGAGCUACGAUACCUUGAGCUGUACCUUGGCAUAAAACCCACAAAUGAUGGCGAAAUUCGACAGGCAAGCCCCUCCACAAUACACGUCAAAAAGUCGCACGACCUGGACUGUGACUUCAAGAAAGAUUGCCUCUGGAAAAACGCCGGUUCUGAUGGACUUAUGGACACCUCGCAGUGGUGGCUUUUUGAGAAAACGGACACUAAGCCAUUUCCCGUCCAAAUCCAGCCAGGAGAUGCUGCUCCUUCACAGGGCACCGUAUUCCUGGUGGCCGGAAAUACUACGCGAAAAGCCCAAUCGGCCGUGCUUCUCAGUGCCCCAGUGGCCUGUCAACGUGGUUUGGCCAAUGUCACUUUCAACUACUGGCUGUAUAACCAUGCCCGUGUCGAGGUGGUGGCCGUCAGACCGGAAUUGAGAAGAGGAAGGUUGAUGGUUCUCGAACGUGCCAAGUCAGAUUGUCAUUUCAUGAAAACCAGCGGCCACGUUUGCUCGGCCACGAUUCCGGCUAUUAGUCAGCCAUUCAGAUUUGCUAUUAGAGCCUUCAACCUCAAGGACAACACGGUCGGCUCGAUGGCGUUGAUCAACGGCGUCAAGGUGGACGCCGAUUUAUGCUCACAAUCUCCUUUCCCUCUACUCUUCAAUUCCGUUGCACUCCACCCCAGGCCACGCCCACAUCCGUCAGCUUUGAAAGACGUGGAAUGUGUCGAUCCGAUUAAGGGGUGUAGAUGGACAAACACGUACUCAACCGUCUCGGAGUGGCGAAUUGGAAGAGAUACGGAUCGGUGGUACGAAUUAACAGAGGCCUCGCGCUCCACGUCCAAACCCUCAAAAUCCUUCCUAUUCCUCGCCGUCGAUCCAUUGACCCCAAAACCGUACGGAGUGUUGCGUAGUCAGAUGAUUCCUUGCUUGUCGAAGACGGCUACAUUGUCGUUCAGGUACUGGCUUCGUGCCGGGACCCAAGUUGAGGUGUGCUCGGUGGAUGCCAAUGACGUCCCGCUAUCCUGUGCCUAUUUGACAGAAGACGAUUCACCGGGCCCAAUCCAGAUCGACAUCGAGCCCUACAUGAAGCCGUUCAGGUUCACGAUGAACGUCAUCGCAUUCGAUGCCAACUCCAUGGGUUUGGUCGUGGUAGAUGAACUGAAAUUCACCGGAGGUCAUCUUUGCACCGAACACCCGCCUCUGCCCGUCACUACCAUCGACCCGCCUACGGUCGCCCACCUCUUUGGGCUGCAACCCAAGCCAGUACUGGGCCAAAAUGACUAUCGACUGACGCUGGACUGCGAUUUUUCGGAGGAUCACUGUAAUCAAUGGGUCAACGACGACGGCAAGCUCAAAUAUGGUGCAGCGCCUAAUGGACUGGAAGAUUUCCCGCUCCCUAGAGCCAUCAAAGGAAACGUAGCCGUCUUGAUGCUCAAGGGCCAAGACGCGUCCUCUAUCCGUUCACGGGAGAUUCCGUGCGCAUACAAUGCACUUAUUACCAUCACUUAUAUGAGAUCUGAAUUCGGGUUCCUUCGAGUCUGUGCCCUCGGAAAAUGCGUGGAAGGAAAGAAGCGAAAUGGUACAUUGGAGGUUCAGGUCUCUUCUGAAGAACCAUUUGAGAUCAUCAUCGAAGCCUCAUCCCGCAAGAAUGCCAUCAUUGUGAUCCCGUCGAUUACGGUUGACGGCGAUGUAUGCCCGCUGCGGACAGUCGAACAGAUUAUGUGCAACCGGUUGCAGUGUGAUUUUAAAGAACACACUUGCAACUACGAGUCUCCGGUCGAAAAGCCGGGCGAUCGUGCCAUAAUGAUGGGAUCGAAUGGUGGAGUCUGUAGCCUUUCCGGCCAAGGCGCUACUAGAUGCGUGCUGCGCUCACCGUACUUUGAUUUGCCCUCACCGUCGACGAUUGUAUUCCAAAUUACGCAGUUCACAUUCGGCUCCCGGGUCCUGCUGUGCUCGGAUGCCGAUUCGGAAUCGGAUAAUUGCCACGAGUUGAUGGGACCGAGAGUAUUGUCACCUGAGCCGAAGAAGGUUGAAUUCGCCAUCGAUGAAUCGGUGCAUCAAUUCUCGCUGGUUUUGUAUCACGAUAAGGCCGAUCAAUUCGGAGCCGCCCGAUUCGAAGUUUCCUCCAUCGAAGUCCGAACCGCCGAGGGCUACCAGCUGUGUUUC